CGGGACAGCCGGGAGGCGAGGGGGCGGUGCCCUCCGUUUGGUACAGUCACCCCAAGCCUCUUCGGCGGGAUUGUGAUGGCCGGAGAGAUGACGAUUUUAGGAUCAGCUGUUCUGACCCUCCUGUUGGCUGGCUAUUUGGCACAACAGUAUUUACCAUUGCCUACUCCUAAAGUGAUUGGCAUUGACCUCGGCACCACCUACUGUUCUGUCGGAGUGUUUUUUCCUGGCACCGGAAAAGUGAAGGUGAUUCCAGAUGAGAAUGGUCACAUCAGCAUACCCAGCAUGGUGUCCUUUACUGAGGAUGCUGUGUAUGUGGGGUACGAAAGCCUAGAGCUGGCAGAUUCAAAUCCUCAAAACACCAUAUAUGAUGCCAAAAGAUUCAUAGGCAAGAUUUUUACCCCAGAAGAGCUGGAGGCUGAAAUUGGCAGAUACCCAUUUAAGGUUUUAAACAAAAAUGGGAUGGUUGAGUUUUCUGUGACAAGUAACGAGACCCUCACCGUUUCCCCAGAAUAUGUUGGCUCUCGACUGUUGUUGAAAUUAAAGGAAAUGGCGGAGGAGUAUCUCGGAAUGCCAGUUGCCAAUGCAGUCAUCUCUGUACCAGCAGAAUUUGAUCUAAAGCAGAGAAAUUCAACCAUUGAAGCUGCUAACCUUGCAGGACUGAAGAUCUUGAGGGUCAUAAAUGAACCCACAGCGGCAGCCAUGGCCUACGGUCUCCACAAGGCUGAUGUCUUCCACGUCUUGGUGAUAGACUUGGGUGGAGGAACUCUCGAUGUGUCUUUACUGAAUAAACAAGGAGGAAUGUUUCUAACGCGAGCCAUGUCUGGAAACAAUAAACUUGGGGGCCAGGACUUCAAUCAGAGAUUGCUUCAGUAUUUGUAUACACAGAUCUAUCAAAAGUACGGCUUCUACCCCUCUAGGAAGGAGGAAAUACACAGAUUAAGACAAGCUGUGGAAAUGGUCAAGUUAAAUCUGACGCUUCAUCAGUCUGCUCAGAUGUCAGUAUUACUAACAGUGGAGGAAAAGGACGGGCAGGAUCCCCAGCAAGCCGAGUCUGAAGGGCCACAGGACACACUUUCCCCAGCAGAUGGACGCCAGGUGAACAGUAUGUUGGGACCUGGCCUUUCUGAAAAGAACAGUGGGAAAAGGCAGGUUUUAUUUGAAACUGAAGUAUCACGGAAGCUCUUUGAUAGCCUUAAUGAAGAUCUCUUCCAGAAAAUACUCGUCCCCAUUCGGCAAGUAUUAAAAGAAGGCCACCUGGAGAGGACUGAGAUUGACGAGGUGGUCCUCGUUGGGGGCUCCACGCGUAUUCCCCGCAUCCGCCAGGUCAUUCAGGAGUUCUUUGGGAAGGAUCCCAACACGUCCGUGGACCCUGACCUGGCAGUGGUGACAGGAGUGGCUAUCCAAGCAGGGAUUGACGGAGGUUCUUGGCCUUUGCAAGUCAGUGCUUUAGAAAUUCCCAAUAAGCAUUUACAAAAAACCAAUUUCAACUGAGUGAUGGAAGACAGUGGUUGUUAUCUGAUGGUCUUUUCCCCUUUAUCAGGCCACCUCUUCCAAAAAACAAAGUCUCUCUGUAUUCUCUCACAGAUUUACCUAGAAAGCUGCAUUUCAAUAGAGGAAAACUUUACAUAGCAUUGUGUUGUAGGAGUAGAUGUGACCAGAUUGAUUUUGGAGAGAACCCGUCAUAAUGGAAUUCUAAAAUGAGAACUGAGGUAAACUCUCUUACAAUAGGAGCAUGGAAGGCUGUAUUUUUCUGGGUUCUUGAAGUAGACAACCAUAUGCACUUAACAUCAUAUUCUGUAAAUGUUAAAGAGUGCCAUUAUGAUUCCCAGCUCUUACUAAAUUAUAUUAGUAGGAGCUGGUAAUUUCCUUUCUUGGUUAUUACAUCUAUAUUAAUUUGAACUAUACUUGAAGGACAGUGUUGAUGUCAGGUAUUUAUAUUGGCUGGGAAAUAGCAGUAUUCAGGCGGGCUGCAAAUAUAAUAUUCAGUAACUGCCAUGUUAUAUAACGAAGUGACUUUCACAAAUACAGUAUCCCACUAUGUGUCAUAUUUUCAUAAUCUGCACUCUCCAGAUUUUUAAAAUACAUUUAAUAGGUUGGUUAUUGGUUUAUCUUCUUCCGAAGAUAGCUGCAGGUUUAUUCAGGAGUUUCAAUACCAGAUAGAAAGUUAUUUUCUGGUAAACUUCAUCAACUGUAUGUCAUUCUCUGCUUGGAUUUUUGUGAUUCUGCCUGAUGUUAGAAAACAAUACGAAAUGAUUAAUUGCAUUUUAAAAAUGUGUUAAUGUCACAAUAAAACCAUCAGUUCUGUCUCACUUUUGUGACCCAACACCUUUGCAGACAUUGGUAAAUUAUCAAUCACUCACUGUAUUUGUCUUAUGUUUUGUUUAUAUUUUUAGUAAGCCCUGAGGAAUGUAGCAUUCAUUUGAGCUAUCAAAUGAAAUUUCAUUCAAUUUCACUGACAUUUUUCCCCAUAUUUAUUUUUAAAUGAGGAAAAUGUACUCACUUGUAAGAGUUGAUUAUGAUUUCUUAUUGUUGUUUUUUUUAAUUGGCUACUUUAAGCCAGAAGAUGGUUGUGUAAGAAGAGAAAAAAUUUGUGAAUACUGGGAGUAAUUUAGAAAUCUAACUUGGAAGGGAAUGUGGAAAGAUUUCUACAAAUCAGCAUUUGUCGCAGUUAGAUGCUUUGCUUUUUUUUCCUUCAAGAAAAACCACAGGGACCAAGAAGGAAAAUAGAGCAGUUUGAUUUUUGGGGGAUGUCUAUAUUAUUUGAAGACAGACACGCUUUUCUUUUCCUUAACAGAGGCAUGCUUCAUGUUAACCUUCACAAAAGUAUGCCCUAGUCAACACUGUUGUUAAAGUUUGUCUGCUGUAUCCAUUGCUGAAUUGGAAAGGAUGUCAAAUUUUCCAAACACUGUAAAACACAACAAAACAUUUUAGCUUCUCAUGGUAAAGAGCUGACUGUUAAAAACUUUUUUUGAAAAUCUAAACAACAUGACCUUUUUAAGCAAUCAAAUUGCAGUUAAAACAUUUCAAACAAAAACUUUUGUGUACAGACAAUGUCGUGGGCGGACAGAAAGGUAUCAAAUGUUGAUGUUUUGUUGUGGACUAAUAGAGAAAUGCCAAAGACGAAUCCUCCACUGCAGUAUGAGACUAUGUAAGUGUUCUCUUGGACUUUACGCACAUCUUUAAUAGAUUUUAGACUUGAAAACAUUCUUUCUGUGAAGGUCUUAAGAGAGAAAAGUGUUCAAUUUAUCUCAAAAUCUUUAUGGUAUCAGCUUUAACCUAAAGCAUUUUAAGACUUAAAAAAAAGUCUUGAAUAUCUCAAUAUUUGAUAUGGUUCAAAGACAGCCUGUUGAUGUGUUAAUGCUUUCUAAGGAAAACAAUUUGCAAAGCAGGGCGGCUAAUCUCACGACUAAAAUUGGAAGUUAAAUAUUUGAAAAAUUGAAUGGCAGCACUGGAAUUUGGGGGCAAUCAUUUAGCAUAUUCCCUCAUGUAGUUACAGCUUUUUUUAAAAAUGAAGGAAUGUGUAAUCAAUCAUACUGGAGGGGGCUGUAUGUAAAUAGUCUUGACAGUAAUGUAGUUUAUUUAUUUAAAAGAUGGGAAGAAUGCAUCCUGCAAGGGAUCGUUUAUGUAUAACAAUCUGAAGUCAUCUUCCAUCAAAUGGACUUAUUAGACUUUAGCUGUAUGUCUAGCUAGUUUUUUUUUUUUUUUUUGAAGUACGUAACUUUUAAAGUAUUAAGUGUCUUGUAUGAUUAGGCUGUGUGAGUUGAGUAAUUUAUUUUGUAUCAGGAGUGUUUUGGUACUGUGUUUCACUCAGACCACUGACUUACCAACGGAUACUACUGUGUGUAAUGUACUGAAAACUACAGUUAUUGUGCAUAACAGAUUGUGCCUCAAAUAUGUGCGUAUGCAGCUAAUUCACAUUUUACUGUAAAUAAAUACCAUUUUGCAGUUUGUUUUUUAAA